CCCGUGUCAACGAUUUUAUUAAUCUUGUUUUUAAUUCUGUUGGGGUGAUUUUUAGACCUUACUCUAAAACUUAAACAUUAAAUUCUUAAAAAUAAUUGAUUUUACAUACCUUGUGUAUUUUGUGUUUGUAUAGGUUCUUGCCUACGAAUUACGGAAAUAUAGAAGAUUGUUUGUGUUAUUUUUGUAGUACAUCUUGGAAAAAAAAAUUAGAAACGAUUUUUUAGCAUAUAAAUAACACGACUUGCAUGGCAAAGUUAGCGAUAUCCUGGGAGUUCCAGUAAGAUCAGUAUCUACUACGAAGGCAAUUGAGAAAUUUUCACUAUAUAUAGUGCUACCUACCCCUUUGGGAAAAAUGGAACGAAAAAGCUACAGUAUGUCACACUUCAAAUCUAAGACGGUACCAGAUAGGUCUCAAACAUAUUGUAAUGCUGAGGUCCUGUUGAAGACUCUGAAAAUCAACGGCAAGUUCACAGUAGAGUCUGUCUUAGAAGCAAUACAGCAUUAUAUCAGGAAAAUUGAUGAAUUGACUUUACAAAAUAAGCUCAUGCGUGAUAAAUUAGAGCAUUAUCGAAUACUGGCGAAGUCACAAAUCGACACUUGUCUCGACACCGAAACAAGCACCGAUAUCCCCUACCUACAGCAGAGAAUCAAUAACCUUCUUAAGGAACUUCAUGGCCAUCGGAAAAUCGAGGAUGACCGCAUUAAACUUAAGUCCCAAAUUAAUAAAAUGGCAUUGAUUAUAAAACAAUUAUCGCAAAGGGAUCCAGAUAAACCUUCAAAUGAACGACUAAUCGCCGGGGACAUUACCGGGAUGCACGCCGAUAGAGAACGUCUUAAGGAUCUGUUGGACAAAAUGCUUGGGAUCGAAGGCAAAAUCAUUGAAUUCAAACGGCAAGCGGCAAACGCAGCACAGCUGCAGACAGAGGUUAAUAAAUUGCGACAGGAACUCCAGAAGGAGCGCUCGAAGGAAGUCCAAAAGAUAGAUGCCACUGUGGAACAAUAUCGCAAACAAGCACAAAGAAUGGAAUCUGAGUUGCAAGUAUGUAAGAAGGAACGCGACCUAUACGAAAGGGUUACAAAGAAGCUGGAGAUCCGAAUAAAGAAGGCCAUAAACGAUCGUGAAAUAUAUGAGAAGAAAGCAGAGGAAUUAGACUGCAAAUAUGAGAAGGCACUUUUCGAAUUAGAGAAACUCCAGACCAAAAAUGCAGAACUUCUUCUCAAAGAACCUGUUAAGAAGGACACUGUUUUAAAGGAGCUGAAACUCGCUCUACAUGAAUGCAGGGGCCAGCUUCGUUGCGCAGAAAAAUUGAACUCGGAAUACGAAGAAAAAGUGAAUAAACUUUCGGUAAUUCAGUUGUUGAUAGCAAUCUAUGUAUUUAGGUACAAAGCCAGACAACCAACGACUCUAGGUGGACAAUUCGUUACUUCACCUAAUCUGGUUGAUCUUCUAUCAGCAAACAGCAUGUAG